GUAAGUAGCUUAGUGUUCCCUCUCUGUCCCUGCCCUCCAAUCCUCUAACUAACGUUGGAAAACACUCCUCAGGAUAGCAUACCGUCUGACAGACAAACCAACUUCCCUCAUUAGGUCUGUGGUUAAUCAGCUGCAGCCAUGUGUGACCAGACGUUUUUGGCCAUCACCUUCGGGCCGUGUGACAGCUGCUCGGAGAACCGCCCCUUGAUGAAUCUAUACAUCAAGACUGAACCCAUCAACUACUGCUCACUAUGCAUGGAGAUUAUGGCGUGCCAGGGCCUUGCGAGCGGCGAGACUCUGAAGUCGCUGAAGGCGGAGAGCGAGACGCUGAGGAAGAAGCUCGAGGAGGAGCGGAAGAAGCUGCACGAUGUGGAGUUGGAGAAGGUAGCUGAGAAGGCGGAAGCUCUUGGUGAGUUAAACAUGAAGACUCGGAGGACACUGAAGGGCCAUGGCAACAAGGUGCUCUGUAUGGACUGGUGCAAAGACAAACGACGCAUUGUCAGCUCCUCACAGGAUGGGAAGGUCAUCGUAUGGGAUGCUUUCACCACCAAUAAGGAACAUGCAGUGACCAUGCCGACUACGUGGGUGAUGGCGUGUGCCUACGCCCCCUCUGGCUGUGCCAUCGCCUGUGGGGGAUUGGAUAAUAAGUGCUCAGUGUACCCUCUCUCAUUGGACAAGGAUGAGAACUUGGCGGCCAAGAAGAAGUCGGUUGCCAUGCACACCAACUACCUGUCCGGCUGCACCUUCACCAACUCUGACAUGCAAGUUAGGGACUAGACACACACAUACAUGCACACACACACACACACAGACAUAGACACACUCAGACACACACAACACAAUGAGGAGAGGGAAGGAAAUUGAGAUUUUCAGAACAAGGAGGAGUGAAUGGAUAGAGGGAGGGAGGAAAAGAAGGAAGGAAAUAUUAGAUGUUUAAGGCUGUUAAUAAUUAAUCUCUGCUAGACAGGAGAGGAACUGUUGAGAAUUAUAGCUGGAUGAGGAGAAGGUGAUGAGAGAGGAGAGGAAACAGAAGUGGCCUAUAGAGAGAGAUGGCCGUCCAUUGUGAGUGUAUUAAUAGACAUUAAGAGGCCUUUAUCUGUCAGAGCUGAAAACUCAUACCUAAGGGCACACACACACACAAUCUGUCUCCCUAAUGCACUGGGGUCUGUUGGUGGGUGUUGAGCUGUGAAGACGUGUGUGUGGUGUGUGUGGAAUAAAGCACAGGGUUGUGGAGAGUC